AUGGCAGCACCGAUUCGGGACGUCAAAUCAAAGCGCUAUCAUCUGCUGCAGACUCACGGAGAUUCCUUCGUGGGCAGCUUCGAGGCUUCUCCAGCAUCAGUCCUUUGGGGCGAACUCUUCACAGAGAAGGAGCGGAACUUCCUGCGCCAUGUGCUCGAAGAGGGGAACCAGUCCUUUGGAGUCAGGGACACGUUCCAGCUGGACUACCGGAUUGCUUGGAAUCCUACGGCCAAGCAGCAGAUGCAAGCCAGGGGCGAGAUCCACGAUGGCAAGCUGGUCAUCUUAAUCCAUGGGUACAGCGGCCGCAUCACAGAUUCGUGGGGCUGGGCCAAGCUGGUGAAGCCUCUGUGGAAACAGGGCUUCACGGUUUGUCUGCUGGACAUGCCUGGCUUUGGAAGGAGUAGCAUCAAUCUGAAAUGGAAUGCUCCCUUGACCAGCUGGCAACAUGUCGACUCGAUCGUCCUGUCGAAGUUCGUAGAGGGGAUGCGUUUCCGCAGUCCUGUGAGUUUCAUCGGCUACCGCGAGUCCUGCAAGACGGUGCUGCGACUCUUCCGCGACUCACCACACCUUGUGGCCACCCAGCAUGCGCUUAUCGACCCGAUCUUCACCCUGGACGACGUGUAUCCACUAGAGCCGCCUUACGGAGCUAUCAGCAAAGAAUGGCUCGCCGAGAAGCCAGGCAAGCAGGCUGUGGAGUUUGACAAAUUUCUUGGGAGGAGCAAGACAUUCCUGUGGACCAUCUUUACUGGCAAGUCAGACACCGACUCUGGCCGUGAGGCACUGCAGGCAGUGAUGCGCAGAAGGCAGCAUUUGUCGAUGCGGAUCUGCGUAUCCCACGUCACAAAGGAGUUCAUUUCUGAAGCUCGAGCUGGGGCCAGCGGGGCGAGCUCCUACGCCCAUGUGCUAUUCUUCUGCAAGUACAUGAAGGACAAGCUGUCCGAAUUCAUGGCAGGGGGGAAGGCGCCUAAAGAGAUUCCGCCAUGGGCUCUGGAGGUCACCUCCACCACGGCUUCAAGCUCGAUUGGAUCCAAGUCUCUUCCCAGUGUGGACUCUCCAGCUGGAAGGGCCAAGGCCUUCAGUGCGCUGGAGACCGUUCAAGAAGUGGCGGAGGUGCUGUCAAGAUGUACGACGGCUAGACAAGACUCACGCCCACAAUCACCCGUGGCGACAAAGGAGGCAAGUGAUGGGGCACCGCUACAUAUGGAGAAGCAUCAGAAACCUGCCGUUGGAGCGGGCAAGAGCCGUCCACUGCUCCCAGCACUGUACGCCAACUCAACGGGCUUCAGGGACACGGUCAGCCUGCGCGAGACGUUGAGGACAGAUGCAGCCGGUUCGAAGGGCUUUCGAGACAGACCGGCGCACGCCCUUACGAAACAGAAGCAUCGCUCAGAAGCUGCCUUGGGCAUGGGCAUGAGCCGUAGCCUGGCUUCAAG